CCCUUCUUCACUCUUCCCUCCUCUCUUGCACGCUCCCACUUACCUCACUUACACAUUCGCGUUUCCUACCACAUCAUCACAAUGCCUUCCAACGGCAUUGACAUCCCUCAGCGUCCUUCGCGCUCUUCCAGCUCUACCGUCUCGAGCUCGUACAAGGACCGAGACACCUUCGCGACCAGCCCCACCUUCAACUUCCACAGCCCGCACAACUCGUUCCACGGCCCACCAAAGGCGUCGACGAAACAGCUCAAGCCCUUUCAGACCACCGACAUCAAAGUCCUCCUCCUCGAAAAUGUCAACUUGUCCGGGCAGGAGAUCCUUAAGAACCAGGGCUACCAAGUCGAGGCUUUGAAGUCCUCGCUGCCCGAGGAGCAGCUCAUCGAGAAGAUUCAGGACGUUCACGUCAUUGGUAUUCGCUCCAAGACACAGCUCACGGCAAAUGUCCUCAAGCACGCGAAGAACCUGAUUGUCAUCGGCUGCUUCUGCAUUGGCACCAAUCAGGUCGAUCUCCAGUAUGCCGCCGAAAUGGGAAUUGCCGUCUUCAACUCUCCCUUCUCGAAUUCGCGCUCAGUCGCAGAGCAGAUGAUCGGAACCAUCAUUGCACUGGCGAGGCAGAUUGGCGAUCGCAACAUGGAGAUGCACGCUGGAACAUGGAACAAGGUCUCGGCAGGCUGCUGGGAAGUAAGAGGAAAGACGCUGGGGAUUGUUGGAUAUGGACAUGUGGGAGCACAACUUUCUGUCCUCGCAGAAUCGUUAGGCAUGAAAGUCAUUUACUACGAUGUCAUCAACCUCAUGGGCUUGGGCACUGCGCAUCAAGUGGCUUCAUUAGAUGAGCUGCUACAAGGCUCUGACUUUGUCACUCUUCACGUCCCUGAGAUCGAGGAGACCAGGAACAUGAUCGGUGAGAAGCAAUUUUCACAGAUGCGCCAAGGUGCAUACCUACUCAAUGCCUCGCGUGGCAGUGUGGUGGAUAUUCCGGCUCUCAUCAAGGCAAUGCAAGCUGGAAAGCUUGGAGGUGCAGCACUCGAUGUCUUUCCAGACGAGCCAGGCAAGAAUGGAGAUACCUUCAACUCCCAGCUCAACGCAUGGGGCGACGAUAUUCGCAAGCUUAAGAACAUUAUCCUCACACCACAUAUCGGUGGAUCGACAGAAGAAGCGCAAUCGGCUAUCGGAGCCGAGGUCGCGGAUGCCUUAGUGAACUACGUCAAUUUCGGAACUACGCAAGGCGCUGUCAACUUCCCUGAGGUCACCCUUCGCUCUCUCACAAUCGAGGAACCCAACCACCUGCGUGUCAUUUACAUUCACAAGAACGUUCCCGGCGUGCUGCGCAAAGUGAACGAAAUUCUUGGAGACCAUAACGUCGACAAGCAGAUGACGGAUUCUCGCGGAGACGUAGCAUACUUGAUGGCGGACAUUUCCAAUGUCAACGUCAGCGAGAUCCAGAACCUAUAUCAAAGUCUGGAGGAUCUUGGAAGCAGAAUCAGGACGAGAGUGCUUUACUAGAGUACGAGCGCACUCGGUUCUGCCCCCACUCUGGUUGCUUGGAUCGAGGAUUGAGGUUGCAGACACGAAUGACGAACCACACACGAAAGGGACUUUUGUGUUGGGUCAUGAUUAGAUACAGCGAGGCGCUCAGAAAGGCGAUAGCUAGUGAUAAAAGUCUAUGAUUUUGGUAUCAGAAGUGGCUUUAUGGCUGUAGAAUAGAAUAGAACAGCACCAUUGCAUGCGAACAUGGCGUUCCGUCCGGAGCAU